AUGGAUUCAGUGCGCGACUACUGGGAGUGCAUCAAUUUUCACUGGCUAGUCAUCGUCUUCACGGGGCUGUAUAUGCACCUGCGAGAAGUCUGCUUGAUCGGAUUAUGCUUCAAUGUCGCCACUGAGCCGCCAUUCGAUCCCUCAUAUGCAUCUUUGAUUUUUAUUUUCUCGACACUUUGCCUCGUUGCCGAAUAUAAACUAUGGCCCAAAUCACUGAAAGAACCACCUAUUCAGUUAAUGUUUAUUUACGAAAUGUUAGUGACUGCGCUUAUCACAGAUUUAGCCAUGCGUAUGAUUUGGAUACCUUUGAUGCACAUUACGUGGUGUGUCACACAAGAGUCGAGUAAAGCGUUAAUAUGGAUCAAUUCGCAAAUGGAGUUAGGAAAAUACUCACAUUUGAUAACCGUGGCAUCUUACAUGGAAUCACAAAUGGCAGCAACGCAUGCAGCUUUCUGCAUCUCUGUGCUUAGUUUUUUGUGGAUGCUGGAUGCUACCGAAACAUUGGACACGCUUCUAAUCGACCUCUGGUCCAAGUAUUAAGUAAAAAAGAAUUAUUUUUCAAUCUUCUACUGAUAUUUCUUUUAAUAUCGUUCCAAAUAAUAAUAUUAUCUUCUUACAGAGACCAUGUGAACUACUUGA